AUGUGUGAUAUGCCAUGUGACUACGAUCCUUGCUGCUGUCUUGCACCGCCACCAGUCAAGGGUCGCCUGUUUACGAUCAUGCUACUAUAUUGUUGGCAAACCGAGUACGAUAAGCGGCCCUAUCGCCACUUCCGGUUUAGUCGGCUGGACUUUGAAGAGCGCAUGAACCGGAAAUAUCAUUGCAUUCGCGACUUCCGCACGGUGGUAAAUUUUAUGCUGCGUCGCCAUUUGUUUUCGGCCUCGAUUUCCAGCACUGUGGUUAGUAAUUGGGAUGUAACGCUGCUGCGGGAUUUUGUGCGAUCCCUCAUACCGCUGCAUAAAAUAGAGCUAAGACUUAUGCAGUUGCCUCGUGAGUUUUUCGUAAUGCUUCGACUGAAUGUACGCAAAAUGAUGGUGGUAGACCUGAACCUGGAAGGCACUCAGCUCAGCGAGUACGAUGUGCGCAUGCUGCACAAGUUCCUUGUGGCCACGAAGACGCUGCGGCAUCUGAACGUUGCGUGUUGCAACAUAACGCAGUACAACUUUGCUCUGAUUGCCGACGGAGUGCACAAGGCGGAGAACAUAAUCAGCUUGAAUGCUAGUCGUAUAUUGGGUCUGAAGCUGACGCUGGACACAGAGAAGAUAAUGUCGUUGGUUGGCACGCUUCUGAUGCAGAACCAACUGGUGAAUCUGACUCUGCAGCACUGCGAGUUUGUGGCCCACGAUAUGGAACCAAUCGCUGAGUACCUGAGCAGCAAGAAGAGCUCACUCCGCAAAUUGGAUGUGGCCUAUAAUCGCAUUGGUGCCGACGGAACGCUCUUCCUUAUGCGCGCGAUUGCCAAGGGAGGCAUGCUCAGUUAUUUGAACAUCAGUGGCAAUGGCAUUGGGAGGCAUGGUGGAGGCUGGAUCGCCAUGCGCUUUAGUUCGUGCAGGAUGCUAAGGGAAUUGAUUUUGAACUACAAUGAUAUCGAUGCGAGCGCUAUUAAUCUCAUCCUCCUGACCAUCAAGAAGCCAUCGCGUGUGUUGAAAUUAAAUUUGUAUGGCAAUACAUUUAAUGCGCGCACUGCCAUGAUCCUGCGUCGACUUCUGGAUUCGGGGGUGUUGCGUCACGAGGAAAUUGAUCUCAGUUAUACAUAUGACGAGGCUCUUCAGAACUAUCGCGUGGUCCCUUGGCGUUAGAGCAUCUUAAAGCAAUAUGGACCAUGUGGCAACUUGGGGUCAGUUCCGGCUUCUGUUUUGUUAUUGUGAGAAAGCUGAGAGCAGAGCGUGAUGAGGGUAUUCAUUGGUAUGUGUGUGUGUGUGUGUGUAUGAGAGAACGCUCGUAUAUGUGUGCGCAUUGUUGUUGGCAAAUUCAAAGUCAAAAGGCAACUACAACAACAAAACGUGCAGCAAACAGCUGCGAAGCAAUG